AUGUUAGAAGAAAUCAGGUAUUUGGGACACAGGAUUACUAAGAAGGGGCUUUAUCCGGAUAACUCGCACAUUACAGCAAUUACGAACAUGCCUAAACCUGGAAAUAAAAAGGAUGUAGAGCGAUUACUAGGACUAAUUACUUACGUGGGUGCUUUUAUACCAAAUUUAUCUGAUAAGACAUUGUUGUUGAGAGAGUUUAAAAAAAAAGAAACGGAAUGGCACUGGGAUGAACGACAUGACGAGUGUUUAAAAGUUAUAAAACAGUGUUUAUCAAAACCACCAGUGCUGAGAUAUUACGACUUAGACCUCCCUAUUACUAUCUCAGUAGAUGCGAGCAAAAGCGGCUUAGGUGCCUGUCUAAUGCAAAAAGGAAUGCCAGUUUGUUAUGCGUCUAAGUCAUUGUCAAAAGCAGAACAGCGAUAUGCUCCGAUAGAGAAGGAGUUAUACGCUUGCGUUUUUGCUUGUGAGAGGUUUCAUGCGUACAUUUACGGAAGAACAGAUGUCGUGAUCGAAACUGAUCACAAGCCACUCGUUAGCAUUAUAAAGAAACCAAUAGUGGACUCACCAUCGCGCCUUCAACGGAUGUUAUUGAAAUUACAACGCUAUACAUUCAAAUUAGUCUACAAAGCCGGUAAACAUCUAUUUAUUGCAGACGCGUUGUCACGGGCAUACGAGCACGAGCCGGCGUUGAGCGCGCAGGUUUCCAGCGCUGACUAUACACAGUACGAUAAAGUUUGCGCGAUCACAAGAGAUAUGGCACUGAGCGCAGCGACUGAUGUUACGGACUUGCAGUUUAUUACGUUGCAAAAGAGUUCAGAAAAUGAUGAUGAACUCGCGUUGUUGAGGAAAUACAUAAGAGAAGGGUGGCCUACAAACAAACAUGACGUCAUAGAUUUGGUAAAGCCAUAUUGGGGCUAUAAAGAGCAUUUAUCGAUCGCGUAUGGUCUAUUCUGGAAGGAUCAAAGGAUAGUGGUGCCAAAACUCUUAAGAAAAGAUUUGUUAAAAAAGAUACACGUCGGUCAUGUAGGGUUGCAAAAAUGUCAAUUGCGGGCAAGGGAGACAAUAUUUUGGCCGGGAAUAAAUAACGAUUUAACAAAUUUAAUAUCUAAUUGUAGUAUUUGCCUGACGUACAGGAAAAACAACCAAAAGGAAGAAAUGCAACCUCACGAAAUUCCCGACCGACCAUGGGCAAAAGUAGGUACAGAUCUAAUUCAAAUAAAAUUAUUAGUCGAUUACUAUAGCAAAUUUUUUGAAAUAGAGAAAUUACAAUGUACAACUUCAGCGAGUAUAAUUGAAACCCUAAAAAACAUAUUUAGUCGUCAGUGUAUACCGAACGUAGUCAUGUCUGAUUGUGGUCCACAGUUUUCAUCAACCCUGUUUAGACAGUUUUCGUUAGAAUGGAAUUUCAAACACAUAACCUCAUCGCCACGAUAUCCGCAAUCUAAAGGACAAAUUGAGCGAAUGGUACAAACUGUAAAAAACAUAAUACUUAAAAGUAAAGAAGAUAGAGUUGAUUAUCGAUUGGCUUUAUUAGAGUAUCUUAACACACCUUUAGAAAAUGAUAUUUCAUCACCAGCUGAGUUAUUGCAAAGUAGGAAAUUCAGAAAUAGAAUGGUUGAGUUAGGGGUAUUAAAACCGGUUGACCACGCAGACUAUGCGUCCCCUAUAGUCCCUGUUUUAAAAAGAAAUGGCACUAUUCGCUUGUGUGCCGAUUACUCGGUUAGUAUUAAUAGGCAAUUAAUUAUCGACCAGUAUCCUCUGCCAACUGCCAAGGAAUUGUUUGCAAAGCUUUACGGUGGAAAAAAAUUCACCAAAUUAGACUUAUCUAUGGCUUAUAACCAAUUUGAGCUGGAUGACGAGUCACAAAGGUACACUGUAAUUAAUACUCAUCGUGGAUUAUACAAGUAUACUAGGCUAGUCUUUGGGCUUGCUCCAGCGCCAGCAAUUUUUCAGCGUGCGAUGGAGGGCCUAAUUGGUGGACAGGAGGGCGUGCUGUGUUUGUUGGAUGACGUGCUCAUUACGGGGCGUGACGACGCCGAGCACGCUGCACGCCUCCGGGCGGUGUUGCAGACCUUACAAGAAGCAGGAUUGACCUUGCAAAGGGAGAAGUGCGAGUUCUAUAAAGAUGAGGUUAACUACUUGGGUUAUGUUAUCAAUAAAAAUGGGUUGAAAAAGUCUCCAGAUAAAAUUAAAGCAAUAGUAGACUCCCCUGCACCAUCAAAUAUAAGCCAACUGCAAUCGUUUUUGGGCCUAGUAAAUUAUUAUCGAAACUUUGUACCAAGUGCAGCGUCUGUUUUAAGCCCACUUUAUAAUCUGCUAAAAAAGGGGGUAAAAUGGUCGUGGGGUCUAGAUCAUCAUGAGGCAUUCACAAAAAUAAAACUGUUAUUAGCUUCAGACCAGGUACUCGCCCACUUCAACCCCGAAGCAAGGCUAAUCCUGACUGUAGACGCGUCUCCGGUUGGCUUGGGUGCGAUACUGUCGCAAGUAGGUUCCGACGGGCAAGAAAGACCGAUUUCGUUUGCAUCGCGAACUCUAAAUAUCGCAGAAAAACGAUAUUCACAAAUACAGAAAGAAGCGACCGCAAUUAUAUUUGGAAUUCGGCGCUUCCAUCAGUAUUUGUACGGUAGAACAAAUCCGUUUGUAUUAAGAACAGAUCAUAAGCCACUAAUUUCGAUAUUCGGACCGUACAAAGGCAUUCCGGAAGUAUCGGCGAAUCGACUGCAGAGGUACGCAAUGUUUUUAAGCACGUAUAACUAUACGAUCGAGUAUAUACGAAGCGCUGAUAACAGCGCCGACUAUUUGUCUCGCUCAAGUAUUUCGGAGGCGAGGCGCGCGCCCGACACGGGUGCAGGCGCACUCGAUACGUGCACUGCGGACGACUUCACUUCGAGCGACCGCGCGGCUUACGUGUGUUUUGUGGUCGACACGAGUUUACCGAUUACGGUUUCGGAACUACGGGAUGAAACAAAAAGGGACAAAAUUUUAUCUAAAGUAACCGAAUAUGUUAAACACGGUUGGCCUAAGAAAAUAAGUGAUUUGUACCUUAAGCCUUAUUUUUCAUGUAGAACGCAAUUCUCGGUUGAAAAUGGAUGCUUAAUGAGAGGUCAUAAGAUCGUGAUUCCCGAGACGUUGCGUAAAAGGGUGUUAGACGAGUUACACAAAACACAUCUGGGUAUCGUAAAAACCAAGGCCGAAGUUCGAUCCAGAUUUUGGUUUCCGGGCGUAGAUGAGGCCGUGGAGCAUAUGAUAGGGACAUCUAGUUCUACUUCCUCCGAUACAGUCAUUGAAAAGAUGUACGAAUUCAUGUCUAGGUUCGGCAUACCGCAAACGAUUGUAAGCGACAAUGGAACGGCGUUUACUUCACAAGAAUUUAAACGUUUCUGUGAAGUAAACGGGAUAUCACACGUUACGUCGCCACCGUAUCACCCGGCAAGUAACGGUCAAGCCGAAAGUUAUGUAAAAAUAGUCAAAAAGGGUAUAAAAUCAAGUAUUAUGUCUAGCAGCAACACAAAACAAUCAAAAAAUAAUUUAUUAAAGUUUUUGUUUGAUUACCGGAAUUCAAAGCACUCGACCACCGGCAUGUCACCCGCCGAGUUGAUUUUCGGGCGAAAGCUAAACUCGCGCUUAGACAGAUUGGUACCUACGUCAUCGCUGUCUGCGUCUGCGGCUUCAUCCGAUUUGAUAAAUGUGCAAAAAUGUCCACAGAAGGAAGAACCAGUACGUUUUAAGCAAAUGCUACCUGGAACUUUCGUUUUAUAUAAAAAAUAUGUAAAUAACAAGUUUACCUGGUGUAAGGGAACGAUAACAAAAAGAAUUGGCAAAGUUAUCUACUUAGUAAAAGAUUGGGACACGCAAAUAUGUUAUCGAAAACAUAAAAAUCAAUUAAUUUUAUAUAAAGCUGAAAGUAAUGACUAUAACGCAUGGGACGUGGACGCUUACGAGAAAGGGAACACUUGCGACACCGGAAACACUUUUACACCACCGCCAUCACUGCCGGCAUCACCAUCACCAUCAUCAUCAUCAUCGUCACCACUUCAUCCGGCGUCUACCAUAGAUCCCAGCCUAGUUACCACGGCAGAGCGAGAAGGUUCGCCACGUCGAGGUGAAAGUGAUGAAGCAGAGAACCCUGUGCCGCCUCGGUUGGAGGAGGACGACGAGUUCCACGAAGCAGAAGCAGAUUUUAAUGGUGGUCGAAUCGAAGCCACUAGAAAUAGACUGCGCCCCCGUCCCAAGGUUGAUUAUAAGCGUUUCUUUUAG